UAGCACGAAAUAGUUUGGUUAGCAGUGUUUUGUUUAUUUUGAAAUGAAAAAAAGUUGUCAAAAUUCACAGUGUGAUGUUGUAGCUGAAGUUUUGCAAUUUUAUUGAAAUGCCUCAUGAAGAUGAGGAAGAAAAGGGGCAAAAGAAAACGGUCGUGUACAAAGACCUUGACUUGCGAUCCCAACAUGAUCGACGUCCGAAGCGUGUUGUAAUAUCAAAAUCUCGCUAUAAACUAUACGAUCAACCACAGAGGUCCACAUUCUCGAUAUGUUUGGAUAACAUAAAGCGAGAACGGCAGUCUAUCAGCUUGGCUGAUGUACCAACAACAAGUAAAAAAUUGGACCGUAGUUUGGAAGACUUUCAACAACCGGGGCCAAGCACCACGACAUCCUUUGCACAUCCGGAUAGUUCGUUGAUCCUCACGGGUAAGAGAAGCCUUUACUUCAAAGAUGCACUGGUUGAAUACAAAAGGCGACGCACGCCAGCGCCAAGACGAAUCAAAAUUAUCAAAGUUUAUGCUCCACUCGAUUGGGAAGAAGCGCUCGAGGAAUCAGUAGAGAAAUACAAUCUUUCCAAAAAUAUCAAUCAUCCUUGGCGGCAACCUCGACUACAAUGGCUGCAGCAGUUGGAACAAGAGGAUGAUAGUCGGCCUAGAAGGGUUCCUCGGGAUCAUGACGAUCUGCCUACGCCAUGUUGUCCUCUGUUCAUGUAUCCCUUUCGCAAACGUAAGAGUCUAUAAAUUAACACAUUU